AUGCUUGUUUCCCGAUUUCUUCGAUUAUCUCGUCCACUUAUACAUUUUUCUAGCAUUCAGAAUAUCCAUUUAUCUCGAGGUGCUCUUUUCCCUUCGAUUCAAUUCAAACUUUCCGAUAUAGGAGAAGGUAUAGCAGAAGUGCAAAUAAAAGAGUGGCAUGUCAAAGAAGGUGACACGGUGUCACAAUUUGAUAAUUUAUGUGAGGUUCAAAGUGAUAAAGCAGCAGUUACGAUAACUAGCAGAUACGAUGGUGUUAUUAAGAAAUUACAUUAUAAGGUGGAUGAUGUAGCACGAGUUGGACAACCAUUAGUAGAAAUUGAAGUCGCUGAAGCGGUAGCUGCUGAAGAGGAAAAGAAAGACGACACUGAGGCACCUAGUGCUCACGGAGCUGAAGCUCCAUCAGCUGUUCCUCAAGCCGUGCCGAGACCGUCAUCCGAUGCUGAGGCUGCUUCACCUGGAAAAGUGCUGGCUACACCCGCUGUCCGACGAGUUGCUAUGGAGAACAAAGUCGAUCUAAGGCAAGUGAAGGGCAGUGGCAAAGAAGGACGUGUUCUGAAAGAGGAUGUGCUCAAGUUCCUUGGUCAAGUUAAAGAAGAUUAUUCCUCCGGCUCCACCAAUAUUCGGUAUUCACCAGCAAUUGGAACUCAAGCCAAAGUGUUUUCUCCUCUGUCAGAGGACCGAGUUGUUCCUAUUCGGGGAUAUACCCGUGCGAUGAUCAAGACUAUGACCGAAGCUCUGAAAAUUCCUCACUUCGGAUACGAUGAUGAGGUCCGAGCAGAUGCCCUCAUCGCUAUACGUGAGGAGCUGAAGGAACUGGCCAAGGAUCGGAAUGUGAAACUCAGCUACAUGCCAUUCUUUAUAAAAGUGAAUCACUGA